AUGACAAGAGAAUUAGAUGCCGUUACUUGCUUCAAAGUUGCUGAAGUCAUAGCACUGAAUGAGUCAAGGAUUUUUCAAACGAUCAAUGAGGAAUUACCCAAAGAUUUUAACAAGAUGGUGUUGAGUUACGAUAAUGUAUUCAAAAGAAAUAUCAAAAAGUUUCCUUCAGGUGCUCAUAUGUGGAAAUCUUUGAAAAAUUGUAAAAAGUUUCUUGAGACAGUCGAACCGACUUACCGUUUUAACGAGUUGGUGUUAUUGAUUCUGACAAACAAACAAAAGUUUAGUGAACAAAACUGGCUAAAUAUGUGGAAGCUAGCUGUCUUUAUUGAAAAUAUAACACCACCACAUACUGAAAACUUCAGAAAGGCAUCUUCAAAAAGUCAAGGAAGUCAGAGCAUAUCAACCAAAAGAAUGUUUCUAGGUAGAGACAUAGAUAUUAUUGUGGAUUAUGAUAAUGCAACAAGCUCUAACCAGAGGUUUUACGAAGAAAUAAGAGAAGGUUACAUGGAGUUCAUAAAAGAUGCAGAAAUUUUAUUUUCAGUGAAGCACCAGGCUAAAGCUUUGUCAAAAAAGGUGGUAGAUACUCUUUUAGUAUCCGUUUUAAAUUACACACCAGUGGGGUACUAUGAAAUCCAAAAAAGGCAUGACAUUAAGAACAUUAAGGAGGUCAUUUUUCAAAACUGUGUUUUGUACGGCUGCGUUAUUCCUUCAGUUAUUUUGUCACAGUUUGUUAACAACACGAGAAUCAAUGGAUCAUUUCAAAUAGGAUGUGAAGUCGGUACAGCCAUCCCUGAAGAUACUACUUCUAUUAUUAACAAACUAUAUAAUUCAAAGAAUUCCGGUAUAAUUCCUGAUAUUGUUAUACAAUCUAUUAGCGCUGCUAAGCUUACAGAGGUAAAAAGGCCAUACAUUUAUGAAUUGCUCCAGGGAGCUAUUGAUUAUGAUAGAGUAAAGCCUCAGUUCAGAGGUUUGUUGAAGCAAACCCUUGCUCAAAUUAUAAAGGCUAAUAGCUGCAAUAUAGGAAUACUGACCGACACGGAUACACAUCUAGUUUUAGAGGUACCCGCUGAUACAUAUUUAGAUCUUGUUAAAAGUGAAACCACUGACUCCGUUGAUAUUGAUGAUUUAAUCUUCAAGUUCAGGGUAAAUGGAUUUAUAAUUAGAGGAUUCCAAAUCUAUGACCUUACAGUUAAAGAACUCACUCAAAAUGAAUGUCAUCUAGUUAACUUUAAAUUACUCUUGUGUUCGGUUAUUUCUAAAUACAUAAGAUCCUCCAUAUUCAAUUCAAAUAAAGAAGCUGAUCAUUGUUUAGAAGAUACUAGACCAUAUAAUGAAGAGUCUUUCGAUUUUAGGAACCAUAAUGAAAUGAAGAAUAGGUACAAUAAUUUACAAAAAUUCCAAGAUGAUAUGAUAAGGUUGGAUCAUGAAUCAGAUCGACAAACUAGUACUCCAGACGUCCAAAGUAGUAGUGAAGGCCACAGAAACAUUCAUUUCGCUGAAUUAGCUCCAGAAAAUAGUCCUCAAAUUGAUGAACAAUCAUGCAGUGGUGCAAUUAGAUUGUAUGAACCAGCUGGUCAAGCUGUUAAUUUUCAAGACGGUAUUAGUUAUAGGCCAGAAUUUCAUUAUAGACCUUUUCCCACCGAUCCAGCUUAUCAAUUGAAUACUCCUACAUUUGAUCCUGAAGCUAAAAAUGCUAAAGAUAAUUACGAGAUAUUGUCUGAAAACAUGACGUCUUGUACACAAGUUCUAAGAGUCAACACCGGUGCACUGAUAAGCAUCCUACAUAAUUUUGGAUUAGGGAUUGAGCCUAGUCAAAUUACUCUUUUAAAACAACUGUCGGCGUUUAAAAAGUGGGAAUAUAUUAUUAUUAAAUGUAUUUCAAAGCAAUUGGUAUUAAUGUCUGAAAAGUAUGAAAGGGAAAAAGUUUUUAAAUCAUUUGACCAAGUCUACCGUGAAUUUUGUGAUGUAUCUCUUCAAAGUGAGAUCAACACUCUCAAUAGAAUCAACAAAUACAAUGAUAGCAUUGAAGACCAAAGUGAACAACUGAAUGUUCCAAAAUUACUAUUAAGGGGAAUAAUACAAACGGGAGAAGGCUCAAUAUUGGAGAAUGAGCAAUUUAUUGCCUUAGAACCAAUAAACUAUAUUCAUAACCAUCCACAAAAUAAGCAGGAACAACCUGAAGAGGUUAAACAAGAUGGAUAUAACCUGAUAAGGAAAAUUAAUAGUACUUUGGGCAUUAAACACAAUGAUAUAUACCCAAGAAAUAUCUCAAUUGACCCUAAAACAAAUAAAGUUUUGAUCUUUGAUUUUAAUAAAUCAGAAAUUGGUGAACCUUUUGAAUUUUCAAAUGAUUUCAAGAGUAAAGAUGUUGACAAUUUAAGAUUAGCUUUUGAAGGUAAACAUGCAUUGUUGUAUAAAUAUGGUGAGCUCUCCACCUUCGAUUCUUUUGAAGUUGGUACAAGAACAGUCGUCAGGGCCCUUAAACCACUAAAAUCAAAUAGUAAUCAAAACAUCGUCAAAACAAUUGUAAUUAAAACCACAAGCUUUAUUACCAUCGCUUCAAAAGAUCCUCAAAGCCCUUCCACAAUCAACCAAAUUUCAUCUGAGAAACUACAGCCUAAAAUUUCAGUUAGGGCAACAGCACCUGUUUUAAUAGUGGACAUUGCUUCAAAGUUCAAAAACAAAACUACAAAACAAUCAUCAACACGCUUUGAAAGUUGGUUUAAACAAAAAAAUGCUCAAUCAACAGCAAAAGAUGCAGUUAAUGGUGUUCAAAAACAAUCUUUAAACUCAAUUCCUAAUGGAAAUGGAAAUGGAAAUGGUAAAAAUCCAUCUGUACUAAACGGUGACUCUAAUGGUGUUACCAAAGCUGGUUCUAAAUUGAGUGAUGUCAAAGCUUCAAAGGGAAGUAAUACUUUAAAUGUUCCAAAACAACCUGAACAACAAUCAAAAUCAACAAAAGAAGUUAUUGAUAGAUCAGCUAAAGAACCAAUUAGUCAAGAAAGAUUUCCUUGGGAAAAAAUUGGUGGAUUUCAAGAAAAGGGUAAAUUUGAUCCUUCUUUUGUUACUGAAGCUCAAAUUAUCAAAACUUAUAUUAUUGAAACUUUUUAUUCUGAUUGGUAUUGGAGUACUGGUUUAGUUAUUGGUACUUGUUUCUUCUCUUGGUUAAUCGCUAAAUGGGGGUUUGGUAUCUUUGGUUUAAUGUUUGUCCUUUUAGGUACUGCUUCUGUUUAUCGUGCUGAAUUCCGUCGUUUCUCUAGAAAUAUUAGAGAUGAUUUAACAAGAGAUGCUGCAGCUGAAAGAUUAGAAAAAAAUUUCGAAUCAAUGGAAUGGUUAAACUCAUUUUUAGCUAAAUUUUGGGUCAUCUAUAUGCCUGCUUUAUCUGAAACUGUUAUGACUAUUGCUAAUGAUGUCUUGAAGGAUGUUGCUCCAGGUUAUGGUAUUGAUGCUUUAACUUUAGAUGAAUUUACUUUAGGUUCUAAAUCACCAAGAAUUGAUUCUAUUAAAUCUUAUACCAAAAAGGGUAAAAAUGUUGUUGAAUGGGAUUGGGCUUUUAGUUUCACUCCUGAUGAUACUUCUGAUAUGACCAAGAAUCAAAUUGAUAAAAAAAUUGAUCCAAAAGUUGCACUUGGUGUUAGAGUUGGUAAAGGUUUUGUUUCUAAAAGAUUACCAAUUUUGGUUGAAGAUAUGUCUGUUGCAGGUAGAGUUAAAAUCACUUUAAAUUUAUCAUUAAAUUUCCCUCAUAUUAAAAUUGUCUCUGUUCAAUUAUUAGAAGCUCCAAAAAUUGAUUUCGGUUUGAAACCAGUUGGUGGUGAUACUUUUGGUUUAGAUAUUAUGUCAUUGGUCCCUGGUUUGAAAACUUUAAUUACAACUUUAAUUAACUCUAAUGUGGGUCCGAUGCUUUAUGCUCCAAAUCAUUUAGAUGUCGAUGUUGAAGAACAAAUGGCUGCCCAAGUUAAAGAUGCAAUUGGUGUUGUCGCGGUUACCGUUAGAGGUGCUGAAGAUUUGAAGUCAAAUGAAAAGGAAAUCAAUCCAUAUGUUCAAUUACAUUUGGAAAGUGAAGCUGAUAAAUUUGUUCGUACUGAAGUUAAAGCUGAUACUAAAUCACCACGUUGGAAUGAUACUAAAUAUAUUAUUGUUAAUAGUUUAGAGCAAAAAUUAAGUAUUGAGGUUCAUAACUUUAUUUUGGAAGAUAAAAAAGGUUCUCUUAUUGGUUCUCAUCUUAUUGAAUUGGCUGAUUUGUUACAAACUGAAGCUAUUGUUGAUAAGACUGGUGCUAUUGAUUUAGCUGGUAAAAAGAAAGGUUCAUUAAAUUAUGAUAUUCGUUGGUUCCCUGUUAUUGAAAGUGAAAAAUCAUCCGUUGAAGAUGAAAGUAAAGAAGUUGAAACUCCUGAUACUGAAGUUGGUAUUUUCAAACUUGUUGUUCAUCAAGCUAAGAAAUUAGAUUAUACUACUUCUUUAACUGGUCAACUGAAUCCUAAAGCUGAAGUUUUCGUUAACGGUAAAUCAACAAAGAAAUUUAGAACUUUAAAACGUGCUAAUGAACCAUCAUGGGAAGAAAAUUUGGAAAUGCUUGUUACUCAAAAAUCAAGUACCAAGAUUAAAUUUGUUAUUAGUGAUAGUGGUAGUGAUGAAGAUAUUAUUGCUUCAUUUGAAGAAAGUUUAGAUACUUUAGUUUUCAACACUUUAGAUGGUAAUGAUGUUUUUGAAUUAAAUCCACAAGGUAAUGUCCGUAUCACUGCUACUUGGAAACCAGUCUCCUUGAGUGGUGUUUCUGCUGCUGCUAAUUAUGUUCCUCCAAUCGGUGUUGCUAGAUUACACUUGAGAGAAGGUCAUGAUUUAUUGAAUUUAGAAAAAGUUGGUAAAGUUGAUCCUUAUGUUAAAGUCUUAUUGAACAAUAGAUUAAAACAUCAAACUGUUUUCUAUCCUGAUACUCUUGAUCCAAACUUUAAUGAAGUUAUUUACUUGCCAAUCUCAUCUCAAAGUCAACAUGUUUCUUUAGAAGUUAUGGAUGAACAAAAUCUUGGUAAAGAUCGUUCAUUAGGUUCAUGUGAUUUCCCAAUCGGUAAAUUUAUCAACAAGGAUGAACAAGGUAAUUACUUGUUUUAUGAUGGUUCCAACAAGAUUUUGAAAUCUGAUGUUGCUUUGAAAGGUAAAGGUUCUCAUGGUACUCUAACUUAUUCUGUUUCAUUCUUACCUGCUAUUCCAGUUUAUUCAUUAACAGAAUUGAAAGAAUUGGAUGAUAAAAAGGAAAAAAUUGCUGAAAAGAAGGAGUUAGAAGCUAAACAAUUGAAAGAAUGGGAUGAUUUAUAUAAGAAAAGUCCAAAUGAAUAUGAAUGGAUUGAAAUCGCUGAUGAAGAUGAAUUUAAUGAAGAUGCUAAAGAAAAACUUUCUCUUGAACAAUUGUUAACUUAUAGAUCUGGUACUUUAGGUAUUAACAUCACCAAAGGUAAAACUAAGAAGGCUGAUACUUUUAUUCAAGUCCUUGUUGAUGAUUGUGGUUCUCCUGCUUAUGUUUCUGGUAGAUCAAGUGCACGUAAUGUUAAUCCAGAUUCUGGUGAAGCUUUUAUCCGUGAUUUACCAAACUCUAAAAUUGUUUUCAGAAAUACUAAGAAACAAAAUGUUGAUGAAAAAAGUCAUCUUCUUGGGGAAUCUGUUUAUAAUACUAUUGAUUUAUUACAAAGAGGUUAUUAUGAACCAAUCCGUGUUGGUAUUGAUGGAGCUGAAAUUUAUGUUAGAUUUGAAUAUAUCCCAUCUGCUAUUAAAUUACCACCAUCUGAAACUAUUUUAGAUACUGGUAAGGCAAAAAUUGAAUUUUUGGAUGGUGAAGAUUUACCUUCACAUGAUCGUAACGAAAACAUUAGCCCAACUUGGAAUGAAGGUCAAACUGUUCCAAUUCCUUCAAGAGCUAGAAGUAAUUUGGUUUUAGCUGUUCAUGAUUGGGAUAGAACUGGUUCUAAUGAUUUAUUAGCAUCUACACGUCUUGAUAUCUCGCAUGUCAAACCAUUAACUUCAGAAAUUGUUCAUGUUCAAUUACAACCACAAGGUACUGUUCGUCUAAGAGUCUCAUUUGUUCCUGAAUAUAUUCGUCCAGAAAUCGGCGCUUCAGAAUUUGGUGUCAACUUGUCAUCAAUCGCAGGUGCACCAUUGAAAGCUGUCGGUAUGGCUGGUGAUUUAGCUACAGGUGUUGCAGGUGCCGGUGUUGGUGUUGUUGGUGCUGGGGUAGGUGCCAGUGUUGGCGCUGUUGGUAAAGGUGGUUCCUUAUUCAAGAAUGUUCUUACUGGUAAGAAGUCUAAGAAAUCACUAGAUCAACCUCGUGGUUCUACAGAUGGUGGAUCCCCAUAUGCUAAUGAUGUUCAAUCUAUGAGAUCUGGCCAUUCUAAAUCCACUAAAUCUAAAGAAGAAGGUGGUGCAUUAGCUGCAGCUCAAGAAGAAAAUGAAGAAACUGCAUCAACCUAUACCACACAAGUUCAAAAUAAAAAGGUUACUAAAGGUACUUUGAUUAUUCGUUCAGCAACUAAUUUAAGUGGACAUGCUCAAGUUAGAGUUUCAUUAGCCAUUAAUGAAAAAUUAAAAGAUAUUUAUAAGACCAAGACUGGUAAAGCUGUUAAUCAAGUCAUUAAUUGGGAUGAAGAAACUACAUUUGAAGCUCCACAAGAUGCUGAAGUUGUUUUCGGUGGUGUUGUUCAUCAUAGAUUAUCCAAAGAUCAAGAAAUUGGUACUGGUAGUAUUAAAUUAACUGAAGUUAUUGAUAGUCCUCGUGACGUUGAAAUCCAAGUUGGUCAAGGUACUUUAAUUGUCGCUUUCAGAUAUAGUCCAGAACCAGAAGAAGGUCAAGAAGGUACACCUCCACCACCAGGUUGGUAG